AUGGCAUUCUCAAAGCUGGUGCUGUCGCUGCUGGUUGCAGCUUUCCUACUGCACGUGGCCGUCACGCUGAAGAUCAGCGCCUUCAACAUCAAGACCUUUGGGGACAGCAAGAUGUCCAACCAGACCAUCGCAGAUAUCAUCGUCUCUAUCCUGUCAGAGUACGACAUCACCUUGGUGCAGGAGGUCCGGGACGCUGACCUGAGCGCUGUGAAGAAGCUUGCGGAGCAGCUCAACAGAGCGUCCCCACACCCAUACAGCUUUUUGGACAGCAUCCCCCUGGGUCGGACCAGCUACAAGGAGCAAUAUGUCUUCAUCUACAGGUCAGACAUGGUCUCUAUACUGGGGAGCUACUACUACGACGAUGGCUGUGAGUCCUGCAGUACCGAUACCUUCAGCAGGGAGCCCUUCAUUGUCAAGUUCUCCUCACCCACCACACAGGUGGAGGAGUUUGUGAUGGUGCCCCUGCACGCCGAGCCCAGCAGCGCAGCAGAUGAGAUUGAUGCACUGUACGAUGUAUACACCGAUGUCAUCGACAAGUGGGCAACCAACAACAUCCUCUUCCUGGGUGACUUCAACGCUGGCUGCUCCUACGUGACAAGUGCCCAGUGGCCAUCCAUCCGACUGCGCUCUCUCCGUGCCUGCGAGUGGCUCAUCCCCGACAGUGCUGACACCACUGUCGCCCCCACCACCAACUGCGCCUAUGACCGCAUCGUCGCCUGCGGCACCGCACUGCGCCAGGACAUUGAGCCUGGCUCCGCCACCGUCAACAACUUUCAGAAGCGUUUCCACCUCCAGACCAAGGAUGCUUUGGCUGUCAGCGACCAUUUCCCAGUGGAGGUGACCCUGAAAGUAGCAGGAUGCUCUUCCACGGGCUCGGGGGCCACAUCCUGCUGGAACCUGCCUGGCUGCGGGAUGGCUGACAAGGCGCUGACGGUGAGGGUGGGGGGAGACAGAGACCAUGAGAUGGGGACCAUGAUGCUGGCACUAUCCCUUCUGGCUGUGGCUCUCCCAUGCCUGGCCACGGCCACACUGCGUGUCGGUGCCUUCAACAUCCAGGCGUUCGGUGACACCAAGAUGGCCAACGAGGAAGUGGCGGGCAUCAUCAUCAGCAUCCUGCGCCGCUACGACGUGGUGCUGGUGCAGGAGGUGCGCGACUCUGACCUCAGCGCUGUCACCCAGCUCAUGGAGCAGCUCAACAGCAUGUCCACAUCCCCAUAUGACUACGAGAUCAGCGGCCUCCUGGGACGGGAAAACUACAAGGAGAUGUACCUAUUCAUCUACAGGACAGACGUUGUGUCCGUGGUGGACACCUACCAAUAUGAGGAUCCUCAGGAUGUCUUCAGCCGGGAGCCGUUCAUCCUGAGGGUCUCAGCACCCCACACCAGUAAGCAGGGGGGUCAGGUGGCCCCGGGUGGCGGUUCAAGGUGGCCAUGGGUCUGAUGUCCCUCUCCUCUGGCAGAGGCAGAGGAGUUUGUGCUAGUGCCACUGCACUCAGCCCCACACGAUGCCGUCGCCGAAAUUGAUGCACUCUAUGAUGUCUACCUGGCCAUUCUCCACAAGUGGGGGACUGACAACAUCAUGUUCCUGGGGGACUUCAACGCUGACUGUGCCUACGUCCAGCCGAGCGACUGGUCAGCCAUCCGCUUGCGCACCAGUGACAUCUUCAAGUGGCUGCUCCCCGAUGAUGCUGACACCACCGUGGGGAAGUCGGACUGUGCCUAUGACAGGAUCGUGGUGUGUGGCGCCAAGCUGAAGAGAAGCAUCGUGCCAAAUUCAGCUGCCAUCUACAACUUCCAACGUGCUUUCCGGCUGGAGCAGGAGGAGGCUCUGGCAGUCAGUGACCACUACCCAGUGGAGGCGAAGCUGGCAGCUUGA